AUGACUGUGGCUUUACUUGAUGGAAGCUAUGGCCCAUACAAGACUUUCCUCCAGAACUCUACAGAGUGGUACUGUGUCCUCAGCAGUUCUGCAGAGAAAGUGGAUGGCUGGACUUGCUGCCCAAAGGGCUGGAGAAGGUUUCAAGGAAACUGCUAUUUCCUGUCCUCUGACACGAUGUCAUGGUCUGAGAGUGCACAGAACUGCACUGGGAUGGGCUCCCAGCUGGUGGUGAUCACCAGCAAGGCAGAGCAGGAGUUCCUCUUCAACUUGAUAAAAGAAAAAGUUACUAACAGCUAUGAAACAAAAUACUACAUAGGCUUAGCUGCUUACAAAAAUGGGUGGCAGUGGGUGGAUCAGACUCCAUAUGAAAAUACAGCCACGUUCUGGAAGCCUGGGGAGCCUAAUUUACUCUUUGCAGAAAAAUGUGCUGCAAUUCACGUCAAGGGAAAAGGAGACCCCAACACUUACAGUAACUGGAAUAAUAUCCUUUGCAUCACAAGUUGCUAUCGAAUUUGUGAGCAGGCAGUCAAGCUUCUCUGA